UGCUUGCUAAAGCUUGCCUUCUUCUCCUCUCCUGUGUGAAGCUUUCUCUCUUUACUUCUUCUGCAGCUUUUUUAGGUAACAAUGAACUUCCCUCAAAACGCUAACCCUAACCCUAAUUUUCCCUUAUUUCCUGAUCAUCAUCACUAUAACAUGACGACAGUCGAGCCGGAGUUCGAGCUUUCCGAUUAUCUGAUUACCGCUGAUUAUCGUCACGACCAUGAUCAAGAUAAUCAAGAUUCUUACUCUUCUCAAAGCAUGGUGUCUUUACAAAUGAUCCCUCACGGAUACUCUACUGGUGCAGCCUCAAGAAACAGUAACAUGGAAUCCGAAAAUGGGGUGGCGAUGAAAAAGAAGAAGAAUAAUGAAGCGGGGAACAGGGUGGCCUUCAGGACGAAAUCGGAGCUUGAAGUGAUGGACGAUGGAUUUAAAUGGAGGAAAUAUGGGAAGAAGUCGGUGAAGAACAGCCCCAAUCCGAGGAACUAUUACAAAUGUUCAAGUGGGGGAUGUAACGUGAAGAAAAGAGUAGAAAGAGACAGAGAAGAUUCAAGCUAUGUGAUAACAACUUAUGAAGGAGUUCACAAUCAUGAAAGCCCUUGUGAUGUUUAUUAUAAUCAAAUCCCUUCUUUCAAUAUGCUUCCUAACGAUGCUUGCACUUUGCAGGCUUCUUCUCCUCUCUUUUCUUCUUCGUCUUUUUCAUAGCUAUCUAUUCUUUCUUCUCAGAGUUUUGAUUUGUCAAUACAUGUUUUAAGUGUUUAUAUAUA